GCGGAUUUUUAUUCUGAGGAUCUCGUGAUUUCCUGGAAAAACACACAGCUUCGAAUAAGCAGAAGAACUCUCUCUGUAAAUAAUCAGGUUUAUUAUUACAGGACUUUAGACCCUCAGUGUGAACACACUUCCUGUGCGCAUGCUCGUGUUUUGGAAAUAUGAACUACGUGUGGCUCGACAACUCUGUUGAGGACAUGCCUGUGAGAAGAGAUCACUCCUUACGUACCCCACCGUUUUGUAGAGAAAGGCGAGUGGACAGAAAAUCACCAACAGAUUUCACAAAUGAGGAUUUCCAGAAGUUGAAAAUCUCGAAAUGGAUUUCUGAAUCGACCAAUCAGAAAACAGAUGAAAAGGAUCAUGCUGGAGUAAAGAUAACGGGGGUCGACGACACUGAUGCAGUGUCUAUGAGAAGUGAGAACUCCAUGCGUAUCCCACUGACGUUUCGUAACAAAAGAUCAGACCAGCUAUGUGAAAGUCUGGCGGACGCGUCUGAUAGCAUUCAAGGUUUCCGUAGCAGCGUUUCUGAAAGUGAUCCAGACCCUGAAAAUGAGCGAGAGAAGCAGAAUUCACCACCCAGCAGGAAAAAGCAGAACAGGAGACAAAUGGACAAAACAGAUUUCCAGAAGUUGGAAAACCCUGAUUGGAAUUCCUUGGAUCGCCGUUAUCCUUGGAUGGCCUUUGUGGUGGGAGCCAUUGCGUUGUAUAUUAUGUUGCAUUUGGCUUUCAAAGGACAAGAGAUUGAUCAUCAUGAGCUGAGACUGAUGCUGGUGGGUAAAACUGGAGCUGGGAAGAGUGCUUCAGCAAACACCAUCCUGGAAGAAGAAGCUUUCAGAGUCGAGGCGUCUCCAGCUUCUGUGACUCAAGACUGUGAGAAAAAAAACAAAGUUGUGGACGGAAGAAACAUCACUAUAAUCGACACUCCGGGGGUCAUGGAUACCUGGUUAAUGUCAGAUGAAGAAGCUCAGAGUGCACAUAAAUGUGUCUCCAUGAUCGUUCCUGGUCCUCACGUCUUCCUGCUGAUGAUCAGAAUCGGGAGAUUCACUGAGGAGGAGGUGAACGCUGUGAAGUGGAUUCAGGAGAACUUUGGAGAAGUAGCUGUGAAGUUCACCAUGAUCCUGUUCACUGGUGGAGAUCUGCUGGAGGGGAAGCCCAUUCAGAAGUUCAUCAGUAACAGUGUUGAGCUUCAGAAUCUUGUAGAAACCUGUGAUGGUAGAUACCACGUCUUCAACAACUACGACAGAAGUGACAGAACUCAGGUUACGGAAUUAUUCCAAAAGAUAAAGCUCAUGUUGCAUGAAAAUACUGGAUACAUGUACACAAAGGAGGUGUAUGGUGGGGUCCAGCAGGCCGUCAGGGAGGAAGAGGAACUAAAGAAAAAGGAGAUGAUGAGAAAGUUAAAAGAGGAGGAAAUAAGGAACAUUGCAAACAGGGAGGACAAAGUCAGAAUGGAAGAGGAGCUAAAGAGGAAGGAGCUGAUACGAAAGUUAAAAGAGGCGGAAAUAAGGAACAUUGAGAACAGGGAGGAAAAAAACAGAAAGGAGGAGGAAAUAAAGAGGAAGGAGCUGGUAAUAAAGUUAAAAGAAGAGGAAAAAAUGAACAUUGAGAACAGGGAAGAAGAGAUCAGAAAGGAAGAGGAACUAAAGAGGAAGGAGCUGAUAAGAAAGUUAAAAGAAGAGGAAAAUAGGAACAUUGCAAACAGGGAGGAAGAGAUCAGAAACAAGGAGGAACUAAGAAGGAAUGAACUGGUGAGAAAAAUAAAAGAAGAGGAAAUAAGAAAUAUUGCGAACAUGGAGGAAAAGAUCAGAAACGAGGAGGAUCUAAAGAGGAAUGAGCUAAUGAGAAAGUUAAAAGAAGAGGAAAUAAGAAAUAUUGAGAACAGGGAGGAAGAGAUCAGAAAGGAGGAGGAACUAAAGAGGAAUGAGCUGACGAGAAAGUUAAAAGAAGAGGAAAUACGGAGCAUCAAGAACAGGGAGGAAAAAAACAGAUUGGAGGAGGAAAUAAAGAGGAAGGAGCUGGUAAGAAAGUUAAAAGAAGAGGAAAAAAGGAACAUUGAGAAAAGGGAGGAAGAGAUCAGAAGGGAGGAGGAACUAAAGAGGAAGGAGCUGAUAAUAAAGUUAAAAGAGGAGGAAAUAAAGAACAUUGAUAACAGAGAGGAAAAAAUGAGAAAGGAGGAAGAACUAAAGAGGAAUGAGCUGAUAAGGACAUUAAAAGAAGAGGAAAUAAGGAACAUUGCAAACAGGGAGGAAGAGAUCAGAAAUGAGGAGGAACUAAAGAGGAAUGAGCUAAUGAUUAAGUUAAAAGAUGAGGAAAUAAGAAACAUUGCCAACAGGGAAGAAGAGAUCAGAAAGGAGGAGGAACUAAAGCAGAAUGAGCUAUUGGGAAAGUUAAAAGAGGAAAUGAGAAAAAGUGUGACCAUGGAGGAAGUGAUCAGAAAGGAGGAGGAACUAAAGAAGAAUGAGCUGCUGAAAAAGUUAAAAGAAGAGGAAAUAAAACACCUUGUUAACAUGGUGAAAGACAUCAAAAAGCAGGAAGAACUAAAGAUGAAUGAGCUUAUGAAAAAGUUCAAAGAAGGACAAAUAAAAAACAAUGCGAAAAGGGAGGAAGAGAUCAGAAAGGAGGAGGAACUAAAGAGGAAUGAACUGGUGAUAAAGUUAAAGGAAGAGGAAGUAAGAAACAUUGCGAACAGGGAGGAAGAGAUCAGAAAUGAGGAGGAACUAAAGAGGAAGGAGAUGAUGAGAAAGUUAAAAGAAGAGGAAGUAAGAAACAUUGCGAACAGGGAGGAAAAAAUCAGAAAGGCGGAGGAACUAAAGAGGGCAGAAUUGCUAAGGAAAAUUAAAGAGGAGGAAAUUAGCAAAAUUGAGAAGAGAGAGAACAUUGUUAGAGAGGAGGAGGAACUGAAAUGGAGUCAAAUAGAAAAAGAGAUGAAAGCAGAUGAGCAAAAAAAACUGAAUAAGAUGGCAAGUGAAUUAAGAGACGAGCAGUACGAGAACAGUAAACUAAGGGCUGAGUUAGAAGGGGCGCAUAAAACACAUUCAUUGGUACUGGUUGGAUUCGGAAUUGUUUUUACAGUCCUUCUAUCUGUCUGUGUAAAGUAUAAAUUAUAAUAUAAUAAUACCUUUAUACAAUACAAAACCACUUUUAAUGAAUUGUACGUUUAGCUACUAAAUUUCGCCAAAUGAUAAAACAGCUGUGCAAAUGCAGCAUAAGCUUUUUUAAUAGCAACAACAACUAAUGAGCAGGUGUUUCAAUUCUUUAGUUCAUAUAUCUGUGGGCUAAAAGGUAAAAGCAGUGAACUGUAGAGCAGUGGAUGGAAUUGUGCUUUCUGAAAUGAUGGCACCUCAUCCAGUACUUUUGGGAUGAUUUGAGAAUGAGGUAAGACAGAGAUCCAUUGGCUUGACCUCAGUAUCGCUAUUGUGUCUAAAUGCAAACAGA